UGUCACACCCCUGCCCCAGAAAAACUGAAAAAGAAGUGUGUGAUAGAGCAAAAGAAAGGAACUUCAACUCCGAAAGAACGACGGAGCGGAGACAGAAAGAGCAUUUCCUCGUCCAACCAUGACACCCUGGACAAAAACCAACUCUGCAUGGCGAUAUGGAGUCGUUAAGUGGAAUUUCACAGCAAAAGCAGAAAAGCAGUUGUCUCUGGUUAUCGGAGACACGGUGCACAUACAGGAGUCAUGUGAAGGUUGGUACAAAGGUUAUCUGACCAAGAACAAAGAUAGAAAGGGGGCAUUUCCAGCCAACUUCAUAGAGCUGAAGGAAGUCAUUAUUGAAAAGAGAGGAGAUGAAGAGAUCAUAACCUCGGCUGAGAUGCCUCUGGUGAAGGAGGUGACCACCACGCUGAGAGAAUGGGGCAGCAUCUGGAAGCAGGUCUUUGUGGCCAAUAAGAAGGAGCGUUUCCGUCAGGUCCAGAGGCUGAUGUGGGAUCUUAUGGAGUGGCGGUCGCAGCUCCUGUCUGGCACGUUACCGAGCGACGAGUUUAAAGAACUGAAACAGAAAGUCACCUCAAAGAUCGACUACGGAAACAAGAUCCUGGAGCUGGAUGUGGUGGUCAGAGAUGCUGAUGGGAAUAUUCUGGACCCCGAGCGAGCCAGCGUCAUCAGUCUCUUCAGAGCACACGAGGACGCCACGACCAAGAUCACAGAGCGAAUUAAAGAGGAACAGUCCAACGUUCAGAUGGAUCAUUCCGGAAUGUCGGCACGGAUCCAGUCUUCCCCCACGCACAGCCUUUACGUUUUUGUGCGGAAUUUCGUCUGUCGUAUUGGGGAGGACUCUGAACUCUUUAUGUCUCUGUACGACCCCAUCAGACAGACAAAUAUCAGUGAGAAUUAUUUGGUGCGUUGGGGAGAUAAAGGUUUGCCGAAGGACAUUGAGAUGCUCAACAGUCUGAAGGUGGUUUUUACCGAUCUUGGAAAUAAGGACUUGAGUCGAGAGAAGAUCUACCUGAUCUGUCAGAUUGUGCGUGUCGGACGAAUGGAUCUGAAAGAUUUGAAUAAUAAGAAAUGUACGAUGGGUCUGCGCAGACCGUUUGGCGUUGCUGUGAUGGACAUCAGUGACAUCAUCAAGGGAAAGAUGGAGUGUGAUGAGGAGAAGCAAUAUUUCAUUCCUUUUUAUCCGGUCAUAGCUGAACAUGAUUUCCUUCACACUCUUCUGAACAAACUGACGACAUCUCGAGGAGACAGCGGAGGUCAAGGCCUGUGGGUCACCAUGAAAGCUCUGGUGGGUGAUAUCGUCCAGAUCAGAAAGGAAUAUCCGCACCUGGUGGACCGGAGCACCGUGGUCGCACGGAAACUGGGUUUUCCUGAGAUUAUAAUGCCGGGUGACAUCCGUAAUGACAUCUAUCUGACUCUACACUCCGGAGACUUUGACAAGUACAACAAAACCACACAGAAGAACGUGGAGGUCAUCAUGCUGGUGUGUGAUGAGGAGGGGAAGAUCGUGCCCAACUCAAUCUGUCUGGGUGCUGGAGAUCGACCUGUAAAUGAAUAUAGAUCAGUGAUUUACUACCAGAUCAAACAACCCCGCUGGAUGGAAACCUUUAAGGUUGCGAUCCCUCUGGAGGAGAUGCCCCGGGUCCACCUGCGCUUCAUGUUCCGACAUCGGUCUUCACAGGAGUCAAAGGACAAGAGCGAGAGAAAUUUUGCGAUGGCGUUUGUGCGUCUGAUGAAGGAUGAUGGGACCGUUCUGAAAGAUGGAAUACAUGAGCUCACUGUAUUUAAGGGUGACAGUAAGCGUAUGGAGGACGUCAGCUCUUAUCUCUCACUGCCGUCUGAGCGCAGUCACCCCGACAGCCACAAGGGGGCGACACUGAUGCGCAGCUCCAGCAGCGUUGGGGGUCUUUCUGUGAGCUCCAGAGACUGUUUCACCAUCUCUACCCUCGUCUGCUCCACCAAACUCACACAGAACGUUGGUUUACUGGGUUUGCUAAAAUGGAGAACUCGUCCUGAAAUGCUGAAACAAAACCUACAAGAGCUCAAACUCAUCGAUGGAGAGGAAGUUGUGAAGUUUCUUCAGGACACCUUGGAUGCCCUGUUUAACAUCAUGAUGGAACAUUCUCAGACCGAUGACUAUGAUAUUCUGGUGUUUGACGCUUUGAUUUAUAUCAUAGGUCUAAUCGCUGAUCGAAAGUUUCAGCAUUUUAACACGGUGCUUGAGGCGUACAUCAAACAACACUUCAGUGCAACUCUGGCCUACAAGAAGUUGAUGUCUGUGUUGAAGACGUAUCUGGACGUGUCGAGUCGAGGUGAGGUCUGUGAGCCCAUCCUGCGGACCCUCAAAGCUCUCGAGUACAUCUUCAAAUUUGUCGUGCGCUCCCGAAUGCUCUACUCACAAUUAUAUGAAAGGAAGGAACAGGCAGAGUUUGAAGAUUCCUUGAAAAGUUUUUUUGAUUCUAUCAAUGAUCUGAUGAAGAGUGAUUUCACCACCACUCUACUGCUGCAGGUGGCCGCUCUGAAGUACCUGCCCACAGUCCUGCAUGAUGUGGAGACCGUGUUCAAUGCCAAACUUCUCAGUAAGCUGUUGUAUGAUUUCUACAUCUGCAUUCCACCUGAUCGACUGCAGAAACACAAAGUGGGAUCUAUGACUGAGAUAGUGGGCAGCAAACUCUUCCAUAGACAAGAUUGCCGGGACAUCUUGUUACCCAUGAUGCUCCGGGAGCUGAGUGGCGCGCUGGCUUGUGUAGGGGAGGGUCAGGACGAGAAGAGGAACAGUGUUGAACUUCUGAACAACAUCCUGGAGGUCCUGAGCCGUGAUGAUGUGGGAGACACAUUUCAGCACAUUCGGGACAUUGUGUCGUCCCUUCUGAGGACAAUUAACUGCACGGUCAUCACGAUGGGUCGAGAACACUCUCUCAUUUCUCGUGUGGUGGCAUGUAUGACGGCUAUUCUCAGUCAGAUGACAGACAGACAUUACUCGCUGUACAUCGAGACCUUCAGUGGAACAUCUGACCUAGUGGACUUUCUGAUGGAGGCGUUUCUAUUGUUUAAGGAUCUGAUUGGUAAACACGUCUACCCAUCAGACUGGGUAACAAUGAUCAUGGUGCAAAACCGAGUGUUUCUCCGCGCGAUCAACACGUACGCAGACACCAUGAACCGCAAGUUCCUCGACAACAACAGCUUUGAAGUGCAGUUAUGGAAUAAUUACUUUCACUUGGCUGUGGCUUUUAUUACCCAGGAGACGUUGCAGCUGCAGCAUUUCUCUUCUACGAAAAGAAACAAGAUUCUAGCAAAAUAUGGGGACAUGAGGAAGCUGAUUGGUUUCGCGAUCAGAGAUAUGUGGUACAAGCUCGGUUUGAAUAAGAUCUGUUUUAUUCCCGGGAUGGUGGGACCAAUCCUAGAAAUGACGCUCAUUCCUGAAGAGGAGCUCCGCAAAGCCACCAUCCCAAUCUUCUUUGAUAUGAUGCAGUGUGAACACAACCACUCCGGACACUUUAAAAAGUUUGAGAAUGAGAUUAUUCUGAAGCUGGACCAUGAGGUGGAGGGAGGGGGAGGAGACGAGAGAUACAUGGAGCUUCUCCAGAGCAUUCUUCUAGAAUGCGCUCAGGAACGGCCUCAACUGUUGACGGAGGUGCAACACUUUGUUACCUUGGUGACCGGCCUCCUUGAGCGUCUCCUUGACUACCGCACUGUGAUGAGUGAUGACAGUCGAAACAAUCGCAUGAGCUGCACUGUCAAUCUGCUGAAUUUCUACAAGGACAUCACCCGUGAAUUGAUGUAUAUCAGGUAUCUCUACAAGUUACGGGAUCUUCAUUUGGAUGGAGAAAACUACACAGAGGCGGCAUACACACUACUGCUGCACUCCAAACUGCUGAAGUGGUCAGAGGAGCAGUGCGCUCCUCAGCUGGACUUUCAGACGCCACAGACUCAACGGCAGCUGAAGGAAUCUCUGUACGACAUCAUCAUCAGCUACUUUGAUAAGGGCAAGAUGUGGGAGGAGGCCAUCGCUCUCUGCAAGGAGUUAGCAGACCAGUUUGAGAUGGAGGUGUUCGACUAUGAGCUUCUCGGACAAAAGCUGAAUCAGCAGGCAAAGUUUUAUGAGAACAUCAUGAAAAUCCUUCGGCCCAAACCGGAUUACUUUGCUGUGGGCUAUUACGGCUGCGGCUUCCCUCAGUUCCUCAGGAAUAAGGUGUUCAUUCACCGCGGUAAAGAGUAUGAACGCAGAGAAGACUUCCAGAGUCAUCUGAUGAGUCAGUUUCCCAGCGCUGUCAGACUCAACACCACAACCAUACCCGGAGAUGACAUCAAGAACUCAAACAUGCAGUAUAUCCAGUGUUUCACUGUCCAGCCCGUUCUGGAGAUCCCGCCCCGUCUGAGGAAUAAACCAGUCCCCGAUCAGAUCAUCAAUUUCUACAAGUCUAACUAUGUUCAGCGGUUCCAGUAUUCCAGACCUGUCAGGAGAGGGAAAGUCGAUCCGGAAAAUGAGUUUGCUUCUAUGUGGAUUGAGCGAACCACAUUCGUAACAGCAUAUAAACUGCCGGGAAUUCUGCGCUGGUUUGAGGCUGUAAGCAUGACUCACACGACAGUGAGUCCACUGGAGAACGCCAUCGAGACGAUGGGAAACACAAAUGAGAAAAUCCUCACCUUGAUCAACCAGUACCAGUGUGACGACACGUUAGCCAUAAACCCCCUCUCCAUGCUGCUCAACGGCAUCGUGGAUCCUGCCGUCAUGGGCGGCUUCGCCAAAUAUGAGACGGCGUUUUUCACCGAUGAAUAUGUACAAGAACAUCCAGACGACAGAGAGAAACUGAUGAGACUCAAAGAUCUGAUCGCGUGGCAGAUCCCAUUGUUGGGCAGAGGAAUCGGCCUACACGGUAAAAGAGUGGCGGAUGACCUUCGACCUUUCCACGAGCGUAUGGAGGAAUGCUUCAAGCAGCUGAAGAAGAAGGUGGAGAAGGAGUACGGCGUGAGAGAACUGCCGGAUAUGGAUGAAAGAAGGUCCACUCGUCCUCGAUCAAUGCUGCGCUCGGUACGGCAGUCCAUCUGCUCAUUGGCUGGAUCUGAAUGCACAACACCCACCAAGACACACCCAGACAGCAUGUCUUCGGACGGUGGCGUUCCAGCCUCUCCGUCCAUCAUUCCUCGUUCCAGUGGAAGUGUCAGUGUGAUGGAUGAGAGCGGCGUUGAGGUGGAGGUGAAACUGAGAAAGUCCAAGAAGAAGAAGAAGAUGGGCCGUAGCAGCAUGAUCUUUAUCAGUGAGGAGAAAGAGAGAGCCGGCACACUGGACAAACGGCUGUCAAAGAAACAAGAGUUUCGCAGCGACACCAACCUGUCAGAGCCCAUCCAGAGCGGCAGCAGUCUGGCCAGCAUCAACUCCAGAUCUCUGCCCGCAAUUACAGGUUUGGCUCUGUCAGUAGCCAAUGGGAGUGAGGAGGCGGAGUCGGCUCGAUCCAAGCGUGACAGUAAGAGUGUAUCCGUGUGUUUACCAUCUGAUCGCACGGGUGACCGUCGAUCUAAAGGAGUCAUAAACCUACUUUUUAAAACUAAGCAGAGCUCCAAACCUGACGAAAGCAAAUCUUCCUCUGACCCGUCUGAUAAAAAAUCCACUCAUUUUUAAAUCUCUUUCUGUUGACACUCAUUUAUUUCCACAGUCAGUUGUGUUUUAUUAUUGAUUUUAUUAAUAUGUUUGAAAACUGAGAAGUCAAAGGUCACCGGAGCUCUGAAUGUGCUGUAGCAUCGUUCAUUAUGUGACGUGUGCUCUUUUGGAUUAAAACGAAUCAGCGUUUCAACAAACCACCCCCACUUGAACAAAAAUUACAACAAAUACGAUGCUGUCAUAUAAAAGUAUAUCGUAACCCGCUUUUGAUGUUGCUUCAAAAAUGUACGACUUUCUUUUUUUAUGUAGAGCAAACAGUGACACUGUUCUGGAUGUCUGAUGAGUUUUAAUCAAAAAAUGAAUUAUUUAGAUGAAGGUUUAUAAAAUGAACAACUGGUUUGUUGCAGUAAAAUAAAACUUUAUAAAACAAAUAAAAAUGUUACAGUAAAAUGAAAGGUUGUUUAACAUACAUGAUACAAAAGUGCCAUAUGAAAUAUUGUGUUCAUUUAUUACCUAAUGAAUGUCAAAUCAUAUGAUUUGAUUCUCACGGAACCUAAGGACUGAAGACUGUCUGCUGUGAUGUUUACAGAGAUGCUGAAUGAGAUUUUAAGAUGUAAUCAUGUAAACGGUUCAGUGUCAAUAACACGUGUUGAUCCUGCAGGAGGCAGUGUUGCUCCUUUUUAACUUGACGGUAUUUAAAUUCUUACCUUAGAGGUGUGUUUCUAUCAUAGAAUGUGUGUUUUUGUAUAACAAUACAUUUUUGUUUUGUUUAAAAGUAUGUUUCCCCCUCCACAACUUGUGUUGACAUAUUUUAUUUGGUCGUUUGUACAAGCAAAUGUCCCCACAAAGAGAAAAAUGACAUGAAAGCAAAUGUAAAAAAUCUGAAAUGUUAGUGUUUGGGAAGAUUCGGUGUAUGCGCCCAAGAAAGAUAGUCCCCACAAAGAUAGUAAUACGAGUCACUUUUUGACCAUACACAGUUCGUACUGUUUAAAGAUCAUUGUCUAUGGAAAGUCCCCAUAAACACUUGAAAACCCAACGCGUGUGUGUGUGUGUAUAGUGUUGUGCUUUGAUGU